GUUUCAUGAACGCCGAAAAAAAAUCAAGUUACUGUCAUGGAGGAUAAACAAAGGUGGUGUUGUUGUCAGAACAUGGUAAUGACAUUUUUCCUCUGAUUCACAAUCGUUUUUUUUUUUUAGUAUAUAUAUCGAUUUGCAUCGUAGCCUAUUUCAGAGCGAUUAUGUGAGGUGAAGCAGAGGCGAGUUUGUUCUUUCCGCUGCUUAACUGUCCCGAGCCUUUCCCUUUACACAAAUGUUUGGAUUCGCACUCCACCCCGCGGGCCCUCGGUCGUCCUACUCUCUCAUUGGCUAAGCCGGGCUUAUUAUGCAAAUUAGCCGAGGGUCUAGUCAGGAGCCUAUGAGUUGACGUCACAAGGCAGAGUGGCAGCUGACAAGGGGAGAAAGGAACAGAUUGAGAACGGGACCGGGGAUGAACACGUAUACAAAAUAAAUAAGGCUAUAUCACAAGUCAGAGAGACCACUGGUUUAGAAGGGGGGCAUUGUUUGAGGGAAGGAGUGAGUGGAAAAGAGGAGAGCAAAAGAAAAGAAGGAGGGAAGAGGCUGGAAGGGAGAGGAGGUGUGCAGUUGCUUUUGAGAGAGAACGAAAAAAGGGGAGAGCGUGAGCGUUGCGAGGGAACCACGGAGAGGGAGAGAGGAAGUGCGCGAGAGAGCGGGUGAGAGUGGGAGCGAGCGAGCCAGAGAGAGAGCAAGCUUGAAGUCGCUGGCCCAUUGAAGAAAGAUGGCUACAGUCACCGUAAACGGAGUGCAGCAAGAGAAUGGCUUCAGCACCACGACCAGCGCCGGCAGGAUGAACGGGCUUACAAUCGGACAGAACACCAUUCCCAUGAAGGACCACGACGCCAUCAAGCUCUUCAUUGGCCAGAUACCCAGGAACCUGGAAGAGAAAGACCUGAAACCGCUGUUUGAGGAAUUCGGCAAGAUAUACGAACUCACCGUACUGAAAGACAGAUUUACCGGAAUGCAUAAAGGAUGUGCCUUUCUAACCUACUGCGCCCGAGAGUCCGCCCUGAAGGCCCAGAGUGCUCUGCAUGAGCAGAAGACGCUGCCAGGGAGCUCCGUAAAGGCCUGA